UUAAUGAAAUGGAAUACUGCUACCUGUAACAGCACCCAGAAUAAUUUGAGUUACCAUUAUGAACUAUCAGGAGGAGUCCACCAAGGAAGUACAACAAAAACUGAAGUUCUUAUAAAUGACGGAAUUGUACCUUGUACUCAGUACACAUUUUCAGUUUUUGCGUCGUAUAUGAAUGUUAGCAGCAUUACUGAUAUUAUGGAGUUCAUGUCUGGUGUUGACUAUCCUGGAAAACCAACCAUUAGUUCCUUAACAUCAACGUCUUCAUCAAUCGCACUGGAAUUGACAUUAUCUGAUGAUAAUCCUUGCACAAUACUAGGAUACAAUGUGCUUGUAUAUAGUGAUAUACAGAAUUUAGAGUUCAAUAUGGAUACCACAGCGACUUCACUGACAGUUAAUGAAAAUAUAAUGCCGAAUACUAUCUACAAUAUCCAGGUAGCAGCCAAAACUCAAAAAGGCUUCGGUAAUUUCUCUGAUGUUGGUUAUGUGUCUACCGAUGCAGAGUCUGGCAUAGGUGGUAUAGUAGGUGGUGUUAUCGGAAGUUUAUCUGCGGCAAUCAGUAUUGUCUUUGCCUUGAUUUUUGUUAAACGACGCCGCAAUUCAAGCAAUGAAGUUGUUAGACCAGCUGCUGUUCAAAAACAAGGUGUUUUCGACACAGAAAAUGAAUUGAUGCCUGCAGUUGAAGGUCAUGCUAAUUUAGUGGAUGUGAGAAGUCCGGAUGAUGAGGAUGAUGGUGCUCCUCCAAUUGAAAACGUGUAUGCGAACUCUGAACCUGUUUAUGGAAAUACAAACUUGGAAAAUCAGGAAUACAGACCGAUUGAGUUAGCAAGGCUGCAUAAUUACGUGAAGAAACAAAACAGCAGCCUAAAAAACGGAUUUGAAAAGGAAUUUGAGGACAUUGGCAACAAGCCCCUGUAUCCCUGGACCGCUGCAAAACAUGCCAAGAAUAGAACUAAAAACAGAUAUGCAAAUGUUAUUCCAUAUGACAAUUCACGUGUAGUACUUGAUAUGUGGAAUAACAUUCCUGAGUCAGACUAUAUAAAUGCUUCGUAUUUAGAUGGAUAUACGACACCACGUGAGUUCAUUGCAUGUCAAGGUCCAAAUGUUGCAUCAGUCAAUGAUAUGUGGAGAAUGAUCUGGCAGGAAAAGUCAACGAUAAUUGUGGUUGUUACUAAUGUCUUCGAAGGAACCAAGCGAAAAUGCGAGCAGUAUUGGCCAGAAGAAAAUGAUGGUAAACGAUAUGCAAACAUUACUGUAGCGAACGCAGGGGAGACCAAAUAUGGACAUUAUGUGGUUAGAAAUCUACAACUUCAGAAGGUUGGGAAGGAAGAGUUACAUAAUGUAUUUCAAUAUCAUUUCACUGAUUGGCCAGAUAAGAGUGUUCCCCGCGCUGUUCCACAUUUGAUUGACUUCAUCUACGCCUUUAGGACAGCACAGCAGAAUUCUCCAAGCGACAGUGGACCAGUCAUAGUACACUGCAGUGCUGGAGCUGGUAGGACAGGUACAGUUAUUGUAAUUGCUUCAAUGCUGGACAUGGCAAAGCAAGAAGGGAAGGUAGACGUGUUUAAUUUUGUGCGAAGCAUGAGGGAGAAACGUAUCCAAAUGGUGCAAACCGAGGAGCAAUACAGAUUCAUCUAUGCAGUAUUACUUGAAGAGUUGUUCUGUGGACAGACACAAAUUCCAGUAUCUGAUUUAUACCAAGUAAUCCAUGAACAACAACAAGUGCAGGGAACGCACUCAACUUUCGAAUACCAACUAAAGACUUUAAACAGUAUAUAUCCUAGUCCUAUUGAUGAUGAUCGUACAUCACAUGCCAGGCUUCCCGACAACAUAUUGAAGAAUCGUUCCAAAGUUGUCUUACCAUUAAAUAAAGCUCGUCCUUUCUUGAUGACUCCAUGCACCAACGGAAAUGAUUACAUCAAUGCAUCAUUCUGCGACGGCUACAACAAGCAAAACGCAUUUAUUGUUGCCCAGGCUCCAAUGUCUGAGCCUGCCGACACAACUGUUGAUUUUUGGCGUUUAGUGUUAGAUUACAAGACGGACAUAAUCGUACAACUGAAUAACAAAGAUGAAACUUGCACCGCAUACCUUCCUCAACGGAUGAAUGAAGAGCUGAAGAUUGAUAAAUUUACCAUUAGCAUCAUUUCGUCUGAGCAGAACGACUUAAUGAUCGAACGGAAAAUCAUGCUACAAAAGGACAAUGAUGUACAAGAGAUUCUGCACUUUGAGUUUCGGCAGUGGUCUAAGGCAGAACCUGUUCCAAAGGUUGACUCAUUUGUCAGAUUUAUUGCAGCCGUUCAACGUGGUCACAUUCCUCAAAGUAACCGGCCAAUCAUCAUUCAUUGUCUGGAUGGCGCGGUUCGAUCAGGAUUGUUCUGCUCCGUUUAUUCAAUAAUCGAUAAAAUUAAAGAAGAGAAAAUUGUGGAUGUAUUCCAAAUACUGAAAACCCUGCGAUCAGUUUGCCCUGCAAUGGUGAAUACUAAGGUGCAGUAUAGAUUUUGCUACGAUGCAGCGCGGUGUUACCUUGACGGAUUUGAAGCUUAUGUCAACUUUUAGUUAUAUCAAAAUCCAUAUGUUACUCAGAAGACACAUUUGAUAGUCAUAAAUUUAUUUGUGUUAAUUUAAUAGUUAAAUUCAUAAUAAUAAUAAUUCUGGAUUUAUAUAGCGCCUCCCGUUGGAUAAAUUGGAUAAGUAUUAUCAGUUAUUAAAAAAUUAUUACUCAUAAUAUCCUUAUUUUCACACCAAACUGCAAGAAAAGUUCAACAAUUACAGAAUGCCAACAAAUGCAAUCUCUAUUGUCAUGGAAAAUGCCUCUUUUAACAUUUACAAAUGAACUUAUAAUAUUACAAUACAAAUCUGUUUACUUCUAAAAAAUAAGUGGCACACGCCAUGUAUUCAAGCAAUAACAAAUCAAAGUAAUGUAAGGUAUAGGAAGAAGCAUGCCAUCAUGAUUUAGGCUCAGUCGGCAACAUUUUACUUCUAAGGACCCAUAGUUAGCCUAGCUUCCCACUACCAAGACUUCAAGUUAUCAUAGAAAUGUUGUCAAAGAUACAAAAUAUACGACCAAUGUAAUACAGUAGCACCCCCUACUCUGGGACACCCUAUUAAGGGGACACUUUUUAGUGAACCAACCCCUAUUAAAGGGACACUUUUUUUUUUUUUAUUGUAUCGCAAAAAACUACAGCUGUCUAAAAGGUUUUAAAAAAAAUCAUUAAACUUUAUAUUCUGAUAAAUUUUGAGCAAUGAACUUCACAUCCAACCAGAAUUUUCUCCCCUGAAUCCGGUGUGAACAUCGGUAUAGGCCCCUAAUGCUUAAUUAAUUUGUUUAAAGUUCCAAACUAUUUUUUUUUUAGUUGGGCUCACGGUCACGGGCCAAAGAUAAUAUCUGAGUAAUAAAGCAGCUCGUUAUAAUGUUUUUGGUAAUUUCAAAAUCUACUUUUUUUUUGUGCUACACAAGAAUAUUAGGGUAGUGCAAACAUUAAUAUUCUCUAAAUGUAAGCAAAGAAUAUAUAUCAAUAACCAUUCUGUUCACACCCUUGUUCACUUUAUAGCAACUGGAAUAUCUUUAAAGAAAGUCCAAUUUUAAAUACUAAUGUUGGAAUGUUACAAUAACAGUUUAUAAAAAAAACCUGUGAAUUAUGAUGUUUAAUUACAACUCACCGAUUCGACCGAACAAUCAGCGUCACCAUAAGUUGUUGGCGAUAGAGUGUAGUGAUUUUAUGGAAACUAUGGUAUAUUUUAUAUAUGGUUCAAUGUAUUGGACAAUUUUCAGUGACGUUUUUAAUUAUGACUAGAUAGACCUAAUCUCAAAAUUACAAAUAUUGUUCAAAUGAAAAAAAUGGAAUCUGCACAUGUUAAUAGUUUUAGUUUUUGGGUUUUGGAAUGACAGAAGUAAUAUUAUCAAAUGAUAUGAAAUAUUUUACAAAAUAUAGUCCUACACUGUUAUUUUCGAGGAUUUAUUUUAACUCCCAACUCCUAAAAAUGUACAGAAUAACUCCUUCGUAAUUAAAAUAUCGCCUUGAAAAUAACAGUGUAACCUUUUUAUGGUAUAUGAUUUUUCAUUUAUAAUUACUCCAAAUAUAUACCUAAAUAUAUUCCAUGACACCAUUAUUUUCAUUCUUUUUAUGUAUUGAUAUGUAUUGGUUAAAUGGACUAAGAUUUUUAGCUAUUUUUACAAAUAGAUUUAUUUUUGUAUAUUAAUUUAACAUAUACUUUUAAAAUCGUUAAUUUAAGAAAGUGAAGUCAUUGUAAUGCUUAUAACACAAUGCCUCACCUGAUCUAAAAAUUAAUAAUGGAGAGUGUUUGGUCUGAUGAAUGCAUGGUUUGGCUUUCAAAAUUUCUCCAUAAUGCUUAAUGUCUAGUUAUCUUGUAGAUUAUCUAGGUAGUUUAA